AUGGCAACGUUGCUGGCACAUAGCAACGUGGAAAGUGUAAGUGAUGAUGUCACAAGGGCUUUCUCUCAGAGACACCCUUGACAUUUUGCUUGACACAUGUUCAUCUCCUUGGUUUGCUUCCUGUACAGUACAUUAUUUUGCAGUGGGAGGAAUGGAGCAGUUUGGUAUGUAGUGGAAUCAGUGGUGACACAUGGAGCCGUUUGCGGGUAUUGGGCUUGCCGAUCAGAAGGUCAGUGGUUCGAAUCCCCACGAUGGGGUCAGCGCCUGUUGUUCUGUCCCAGCUCCUGCCAACCUAGCAGUUCAAAAGCACACCAGUGCAAGUAGAUAAAUAGGUACUGCUGCAGCAGGAAGGUAAACGGCGUUUCCGUGCGCUCUGGCUUCCGUCACAGUGUUCACAAGCCACGUGGAGCGUGUGUGCAGCGCUUACAGGCUUUUCCCCGAGGAGGGAGAAGGGCAGCCCUUCACCCUCCUCGGGGAAAAGCCCCCAAGAGCUGCAUACAUGCUCUGCGCGGUUCUUUAAAGGGAGCGCGGCUCUUGGGGGCUUUUCCGGGAGGUGGGGGAAGGGACAGAGCCGCGAGCAGCAAUCCCUCUCGCUGUUCUGGCUUCUGGGAUAGCUGCACAGCCUGCAUUCGCUCCAUAAGACGCACACACUUUUCCCCUUACUUUUUAGGAGGGAAAAGGUGCGUCUUAUAGAGCGAAAAAUACGGUGUGCUUGUCUUGCUAUGGAGAAUAAGACAUUGGAUGUGAACUAUCAGAUACAGCGGAAGUCUGUCAUGAACUUAAAGGGUCACUAUACCCUGUGUGGUGGUGAUGAUGAUGAUGAUGAUGAUGAUGAUGAUGAUGAUUAGUCAUUGCUAAACAAUGGGAAGUAAGGGAUUCUUGUUUCUGGGUGGCAGCACGUGAGUAAUGUUUUAUUUUUAGUAUGAACAAAUGAAGCAUUUUUUCAAAAUGGUAGAUGAACCUCGCAGUGUCAUGACACUAACUGUGAAUAUGAUCUGCGUGUCUAGUUUUUCAAAUGUAAAUAGCAGCUGCAAGAGGGGACUGCAUGCUAUACACUGAAAGAGAAUUACAGUGGUACCUCAGGUUACAUACGCUUCAGGUUACAGACUCCGCUCACCCAGAAAUAGUGCUUCAGGUUAAGAACUUUGCUUCAGGAUGAGAACAGAAAUCGGGCUCCGGCGGCGCGGCAGCAGCAGGAGGUCCCAUUAGCUAAAGUGGUGCUUCAGGUUAAGAACAGUUUCAGGUUAAGUACGGACCGCCGGAACGAAUUAAGUACUUAACCUGAGCUACCACUGUACAUGAAAAUGAUCCAUAGAUUGUAGUUUGGCUAAGGUUCAUAAGGUGGAAUCGGACUUAUCUUGGAAAUGCAAAGAAGUAGAAGGAACUUUUUUCCAUAUGUGGUGGACAGGCAAAAAAGUUAAAGUAUAUUGGGAAAUGAUAUAAAUGAGAUGAAAAAAAAUGUGUAAAACAACUUUCCCCCCCAAAACCAGAGGCAUUUCUGUUAGGAAUUGUUCAGGCAGAGUUCCCAGGAGUCAGAAGAACUUAUUUAAGUACGCAACAACAGCGGCUCAGAUCUUGUUAGCCCAAAAAUGAGGGAGGUCCCUAGUAAGGAAGAUUGGCAACUUAAGAUGAUAGAAUAUGCAGAAUUAGCAAGUCUAACAAGUAGAAUAAGAGAACAAGAAGAACAGGGGAGUGGAAAUUUUUUGUCAAGUAUAUUGAAAGUAAUUGAACUGAACAUCAGUUCAAAAUAUGUUAUACUGUUGAAUUACUUUAAUACUGCCAGCGUUUUUAACUGCGCACAAUUACUUUCAAUAUACUUGACAAAAAAAUCCCACUCCCCUGUUCUUCUUGUUCUCUUAUUCCUCUUAUUCGACUUGCUAAUUCUGCAUAUUCUAGAAAGGAAAUUGGGACGCGGGUGGCGCUGUGGGUUAAACCACAGAGCCUAGGACUUGCCGAUCAGAAGGUCGGUGGUUCAAAUCCCUGUGAUGGGGUGAACUCCCGUUGCUCAGUUCCUGCUCCUGCUCACCUAGCAGUCCGAAAGCACGUCAAAGUGCAAGUAGAUAAAUAGGUAAACGGCGUUUUCCAUGCGCUGCUCUGGUUCACUAGAAGUGGCUUAGCUGGCUCCCUCAGCCAAUAAAGCGAGAUGAGCGUCGCAACCCCAGAGUCAGUCACGACUGGACCUAAUGGUCAGGGGUACCUUUACCUUUUUAAGAGAGGAAAAUUAAAUUAGAUGGAUAUAUUAAAAUAUGCAGGUAUGGUGAAUAAGUUAAAAGAAGCUUAAAAGGGGAGGGAGGGAAGUCCGUGAAUGUAUGGUAUAAUAAAAUAUGUUUAAUUUGAAAUGUAAAAUUAUAAAAUUUAAUUAAAAUUAUUAUUUUAAAAAAGUAUUAAAUAACUUGGAUAAAAUGGAGCCCUUCAUUUGGAUUGCCAGUUUUGAUUUAAACCAAAGCCAUGCCUAUCUUCAUCACUUUGGCAUUCUCCUCUCUUUCAGACUGAUCUCCUAACAGGCUCUGCCAGGCUGCUUGCUGGAAGCCGCCACCUGCGUCAAACGGAGACUUUCACUAUGACCAACCCUGAAGAGUCCACCCACCUCUUUGAGCCUGCCACCGUCAUUCCUAGAGUGCUCUCAGCCUCUGACUUACGGCAGGCUGGCAUAAGGCAAGAGGAAGUGGCAAGUGUAGGAGGUUUAUUCAGGCCUGGGAACGCAAUGAAUUUGGUUACUCUCACUGCCACUAAAUGACACACAUAUAAACACCGGAGGUGGAAAUUUAACACCAGCGGCGGCAGCUUCUGCCACCUUGGCUUCCAUGCUCCAUGCCCAAUGGACAUGCUUGACAAUCCUUGUGCUUUUGCAGUCCCAGACAGGAAGCAAAAACACAAGCAAUUUAGCAAGGGUGGUGUUAUGUACUGAGUUGAAUAGGAUCCAAAAGGCAGCAGUCUGAUUGGUCCUAGAACAAUAGGAUUCAGAAUGCAGCCGUCUAAUUGGUCCUGGAACAAUAGGAUUCAGAAUGCGGCAGUCUGAUUGGUCCUAGAACAAUAGGAUUCAGAAUGCAGCAGUCUGAUUUGUCCUAGAACAAUAGGAUUCAGAAUGCCUCAGUGUGAUUGGUCCUAGAACAAUAGGGUCCAGAAUGCAGCAGUCUGAUUGGUCCACAGGAGCCACCCAAUCCAGUUCCAGGUGGAAGUGAAUCCGCAACCUGAUUGGCCUACAGGAGAAUUCUGGAAUUAGACAAUCACCUGGGGCCCAUGGUGUAAAUAAUGUAUAUAAAGCAGACAUUCUGGGGGAACUUCCAUUCCUCCUCACCACUAUGAGCUGAAUAAAGAGCAUGAAAUCCACUCUCGACUCCAAGUAUAUUUCAGGUGGGUACAGCCAGAUGCCAAACUGGGCAGGGCAAUGGCAUACCCUCCAACAUUUCUCUGAUGAAAACAGGGACAUCGUAUUCCAUCGUCUUCAUCAAAAUUUUAUUAUUUAUACCCCCACCCAUUUAACUCUGGGCAGCUUCCAACAUAUAUAAAAACAUAACAAAUCAUUAAACAUUUAAAAACUUCCUUAUGCAGGGCUACCUUCAGAUGUCUUCUAAAGGUUUUAUAGUUACUUAUCGCCUUGGCUUGGGGGUCACAUAACUCCAUACCCUCCAACAUUUCUCCGAUGAAAAUAGGAGAAAAGCGAGACAUUCCAGGAUCGGGGAUGGCUUCUGCAAAUCUGGGACUGUCCCUGGAAAAUAGGGACACUUUGAGGGUUUGCAAUGAACGAUGUGACAGAACAGCAUUCCGUUCCAUCCAUGCAGAAGUCAGCAGUUUCUAGGGACACCUCUCUCUCUCUCUCUCUCUCUCUCUCUUUCUCUCUCCUCAAGUAUUAUUUCACUUUAAGGGCACAUUCUGGCCAGGCAAAAGCACUGCGGUCGGGGCUAGGGAUUGGGGCAAAGAGUCAUGAGGGCCAAAGAGAAAGUUCUGGAUAGCUACAUUUGGUCCCUGGGCCUGAGAUUCCCUACCCAGCUCCAGUUUAGCAAGGCCUGGGUGGGAUGCCAUAAAUAGCUAGUGCAACACGUUGGCGACUAAUAUUGUUAAGUUGUGGGUGAACAUAUCAGACCACACAGCGAUUCUUCAAACAGCUCUUAUUUAUUCACAGGCCAGAACAGAACUGAACUGAAGGGUUCAGUCAGCCUGCUUAUAUAGAGCUCCAGUACAAUGUAACUGUAACAAUUUUCUAAAACUAUCCAAUCACUAAAUGUCACUUUCGAUCCCUUAUUUGCAUAACUAUCUACAGUAUCCCCCUGCUGGCUCAGGGUGAGAACUUCAGUACAGUAUCCCCCUGCUGGCCCAGGGUGAGAACUUCAGUACAUAACAAAUAUACACACAUUACUUGCCAAAAUGAUAAUGUAUUCUUUAUCAAUCUUCUGAGAAAAAACACACAAACUUAUGCAAAGCCACAGAGACUUGCGAACUACCCAACCUAAGAUGAACUUAUAAUGUCUGAUUUCAAUGGAUUUUGCAAAUGCUUAACCCAGUCUUUUCUUUUCUUUAUCUUUUUAGGUAAGUUCAUGAAGAUACCAACAAAAGGUAAGUUCGAUGUUGUUCACAAUACCGAGAGAUGCUAGUGACGUUGUAGAUGGAUGUUAAUGAAGUUGUAGACAGGGUGUUUUUUGAUAUAUUAGUGGCCAUGUGAUGAUUUUGUCUUAUGGAUUUUAUUGUUUAAUGUCUUGUAUAUUGGGGUAUAUUGUAUAUUGUAUAUUGGGGUACUUUUAUAGCUCUGUUUAGAGUAUGUAAUGUUUUGAUAAUAUAAAUGUUUUAAGUCUUUUGUAUCAAUCCAACAUAUUUUCUUUUAAUUGUUGAAUGAUUCUGUGUACAUUGCGGCAGCCUUUGGCUAUGUGCAAUAAAACUGACUGACUGACAGUUUGAUGUUGUUCACAAUACCGAGAGAUGCUAGUGACGUUGUAGAUGGAUGUUAAUGAAGUUGUAGACAGGGUGCCAGUGUUUUGCACCUGUUUCGCCCUGGCAGUCCAAGAAAUCAAGAGGCCGCAGUUCGCCCCCGAUGGGGCCCUUUUACUGGGGCUUGCAGGUAGCACACUCCCAAGGUAGUUUUCCGGGCUUCUUCAGUGGUCUAAUCUCAAAAACUUGAUGCGUAUACUGAUAUUCAGUUUCAUAGAGAAUACUAUUUCUUGGCUUUAGCUUAAGAGACUGAUUUGCUUACAUUCCGCUUGGUGGGUUCACAGUUUGCACAAGUCUGCUCCAAAAGCACAACAGGGUUCACUUAGGGCAGAACCACAACAUACAUUUAAAGCACGUUCAAUGCACGUGACUUCCCCCAAGAAUCCUGAGAAGUGAAGCCAUGCGGUGGUUUAAAAGUGUGUUGGAUUUGUAUGGUGUGGAAACUAGAUGUGGCAUUUAAGCAUGUGACUGACCUCUUGCAUUAUUGGUUUUAGUUCCCUAAAUAGGAACCCUAUAGGCAGGGUCUGGAUCCGGACCAUGGAGUGGAUGAAGGGAGGCUGUCAUCCUUCACCCUAG